AAUCAUCCAACUAGAAUGCAUACAUUCCUCCCACGGCCGCUCCAAUCGGCUGGCAGAAGAGUCCGGCCCGUCUGAUUCCACAGUGUGGCGGCCGCGAGACACUCUAAAGUGGGGCUGAAAGAUGGCCCAAAAGCUCCUCCUCAGGCCAUUCCUCUCCAUCCCUGCCAAGCAGCUCUCUGCUCCGCUCCGUUCACAGCCACCUUUGCUUCUCUGCCGGGUUUCGGCUGCGCCCUGCAAUCUCACCUGGCGUCUGCCCGUCCCCUUCACCGCUGUGCCUGCAACUACUAGGACAUUUUCCACUACUUUGGUCUUCAGGCACACCUUUAACAUCCAGGAUGGGGAUGACUUCCAAGACAGAGUUCUGAAGAGUGAGAAGCCAGUGGUGAUUGAUUUUCACGCCCAGUGGUGCGGUCCCUGCAAGAUCUUGGGGCCCAGGCUAGAAAAGAUAGUGGCCAAACAGAAGGGGAAGGUCUUGAUGGCAAAAGUAGACAUCGACGACCACACAGACUUAGCCAUUGAAUACGAGGUUUCAGCAGUGCCCACAGUCCUGGCUAUGAAGAACGGCGAUGUGGUGGAUAAGUUUGUAGGGAUAAAAGAUGAGGAUCAGCUGGAAGCCUUCCUCAUGAAGCUCAUGGGACCUUGAGCAACCAAGCGUGUGAAUAUGCCCCAGGACUCUUUCCCCUUUUUGUUUUUAAGCCUAGUUCCUUGGGAGGAGAUGAGGGACAGUGGAAAUGCCUUGGAGCAGUUGGGCUAGUGUCCGGUUUUGGAAGGAAAUGGGCUGGACCGUUCUAGCUCGGCCUUCUCCUUGGGAGGUGGGGACAAACAGCCAUGGUUCUGAGCUUGAUGGGAAGGCUGGUUACUCCAUGGGAGAAGAUGAAAGAGCCUGCUGCCUGCCAGCAAAUAACCCGUGGCAAGAAAUGGAAGACUCCCAACAGAGGCAGGGGAGAAGCUUCCCUCAUCCUGCUCCAGUCCAGAUCCUGUACAAUUAACAGCUGCUGCCCAUGAGAGAUGUUGGCAGACUUCCUUAAAAAAAACCAGUUCCCCUGCUAUAUCUCUCCAGUCUGCGUCCUUUCCCACCCUUUCUGUCCAGGGGUACUUUUAAAUCACGCGGCUCUCUUUGGCCACUGCUGCAACACACACCCCUCCCUGUGCGCUGCUGCUUAUAAACCAAAUGAAGAGCAACAUUGUUUGGAAUCUUCUAUCUCCCCCCCCCUUUUUUUUGGGUAGAUCUGUAAUAAAGAUAGCUUUAGUAAUUGCUCCGUUCCCUUUUUUUGUAGAUAAUUCUUCAUGAGCUGAGAGAGAAGGUUCUUCCCUUCUGCAGGAAAGCUGAAGCCCUCCCACUUGGCUUGGGCGGUUGUGGGUUUGAGCAGGGGAGUGUUGGCAAGGAGGGUCUUGGGUUCACCCGUCCUUCACCAAACUAGAAGAUACUUAGGCAGCCUGUUGCAGUGACGCCAGUCUUCAUGGCAAAAGUAGCGCAGGGAUGGGGGGGUCUGCGUCGUUGGCCUCCACUUCUGAUCAGCCUGAACCAGCUUGGCCAGGAAUCAGUAAUGAUGGGAGUUAGUUUUCCAGCAAGAUGAAGCAAGCUUGUUUCCCCCUGCUCCAAAGGGCCUACUUGAACCAAUGGUUUCAAGUUACAAGAAAAGAGAUUCCGACUAAACAUCGGGAAGAACUUUCUGACAGUAAGAGCUGUUCAACUGUGGAACAAACUCCCUCAGGAGGUGGUGGGCUCCUUUCUUGGAGAUUUUUAAGCAGAGGUUGGGUGGCCAUCUGUCACGGAUGCUUUAGUUGAGAUUCCUGUAUUGCAGGGGUUAGCCUAUUUGACCCUUGGGGUCCCUUCCAGCUCUACCAUUCUAUGAACAUCUGGAGAUCCAUAUGUUCCCCACCAGUGCUUUAAUGGCAUUCAGGGCCGUCUUAAGCAUAUCUAGUGCCGUGGUGCGAAGAUCCCUCCGCCGGCGCCCCCCCGCCCCGUUUCCCAGCACGGCUGUCUGGUGGGCGCAGCAGCACGGUGCCCCACUGGCGGCCCGACGCAUUGCACCACCCAGCCUUGCCUUAGGGCCGGCCCUGAUGGCAUUUUCCCAUCUGUUUCCUUAGAUGGCCCAUUUCACCAUCAUUAACAGAGGCCAGCCCUGAAGUUUUUCAGUGACGAACAUGAAAUGCUUUCUUUGCAGAUCAUCUCUGAAAUCUUCUGGAAGGGGGUGGUGCAUUGGCAAACAACAUAACGACAGCUGGGAACAUGGAUGCCAAAUUCAUAGAAAAUAAAAACACUGGUGACUAUUUUCUAAGGUCCAAGCAGUCUCUGUUUCUGUUGAGUAUGGCCUUAGAGGUUAAACAGUCAAAAUGUGGGAGCUGGCAGAAGUUGGGAGUUCUCAGCGCCUUGGGCUGCUACAUACUUCCUGUUAAACAGGGAUGCUAAUCCUUGCCAGAGGCAGAGAGCAUAAUGGAUAGGAAUACUUCUUCCUUAAAACAUGCAAAUGGCUGAUAUGGAAGAGAUAGGAAGCUACUUGUCAAUAUGUCCCAAAGAAAGCUAUUAAAUUUCUUUUUGCAGCGUAGCAAAAAUUCUUUUGUCCACUGGUGGACCACUGCACCAGUUGGGCCUCCAAUACAUGAUUUAUAGAAUGCCAAACCUGUGUUGAAAACACCUGCAAGGGCUGAGCUUUUAGAUCUAGCUGCCCAUUGCUAUUAGGGCUUCUUGGAACUCAAUUUGACGUAGCAGCCUACUGCUGAGCAAAGGUUUCGAAAGAAGCACAGCUAAAAGAAGCCAGAGUCUGGUUUUCCUUUUUGCCUUAUGUUUCUACCCUCAGCUAUUUGAAAAGGAAUCAUAUUUCAAGCCAUAAUCUUAUUGGGGGAAAUGUUACACAGCAGAGUGAAUAAUUCAUACCUUUAGGCUGGAACUACUCUAACCUUUUAGAUCAUAGUGGCUGUUUUCACCCGUGAUUUAAUGUAAUGUAGAUCCUCCCAGCUUCUCCCCUUCUGCUCUUCCCUUGUAAGUGUCUUGUUUUCAACCACAUGGGGGGCUGCCUGCUUCCUUCAUGUGGCCAGCCUCUUCACCUGCCACACUUUCUCUUUGGAUUAGGAAGUAGCUUUGACCCUGAAAAACCAAAUAUGAAAGGCUCGUUACCACUCACUGCUAUCUUCAUAGACGCUUCUGCUGCAGACACAUGUAGAUUUUUUUAUGAAGCGAACAUUUUUUGUCCUUGGUUUUUGCACAUAACCUUUAUUGGCUCUUAGCAUGCUCCUCUAUGUACAGAGUCAAGAUCUGAGGGGUUUGUUGGAGAGGGGGGGGGAGUUUUGCCUACUUCCUUACAGCACAAGGCAAUCAGAAAGAGUUUAAAGGAGUUCUCUUUCUUUGAGACAGCCCUAAAUGC